AACGGACAACCGGAUAAAAGGUACCCGUAUAAACGGCGCUCCACUGUAAUUCGGUAUUUCUGGUCACUCUGUCUGCAGUAUACAAAUAUCAACAAUAGAGUUGCUGCUGUCAUUCUGCCCAACUGUUUCCCCAUUUCUGAAGCGACUGUAUUUCUCGGUAAACAGAUGCAGCUCUUUUGUUGGUUAGUCGCAAAAAAGUUAUUGUUUUCGGGCCAAUUACGUUGAAACCUGUUCAAUUAUUCGCUACAGUGACAAUCGGUGGUUCAUAUUUAUGCUAGAGUUUUCCUGCUCCAGACACAAUGGAAAAGAUUCGAACCAAACGUGCAGCAGAUUCUGAACACGGUAAAGCGUAUCCUGUUGGGGUGAAGAUAGUAAUAAAAGAAGAACCGCUAGACGACGACAUCUUGCAUGGUCAUACACAAGUACUGCGUGAAGAAUGUAUGGUAGAAAGUCAAACCGGCGACGGUACUUCGGACAACAGCGAUGUUCAAGAUCCAUUACUAAAUCUUGCGCCCCAAACGGAUGUCAAGAUGGAAAACUUGGGUGCCCUAGGAAACGGUAUUGGAGUGGCAGAAGAAAUCGCUAAUGUUGCUGGUUCAAGUGCAACAAAGAGAAAGCAUAGUGAUGCAAACGAAUUACAAGACGAUAUUGGUACUGCGAAGACUAAUCCUCAUGAAAACGGCACGUCGAUGUGACAUGGCCCGGUCAACAAUAAUUAUCCAGGAUGUGCGGUCCCUGGCUGCAGCCUCCCAUCCAUGUACCCGUUCUCCUACAGGUCUCGCUUCACCUGAUCCAGCCAUCGAGUUCGGUGUGCUCCCCUGCACCUUAUACAGAACUGGGAUCGCUGUCGAACACCUUCUUGGUGGGGCAUGAGUCUGCCAUCCUCAUGACAUGCCUCAGCCAUCUUAUCCUGCCAGCCUUCACCACCGCCACGAUGCUGUUCGCCGUACAUCUCAGUAAGCUCGUGGUUCAUCCUUCUCCUCCACGCUCCAUGGUCGAACACACCGCCAAAGAUGGUCGAUACGUCGCUCAAACACGCCCAGAGCGCUUGCAUCCUCCGCUCGGAUGGUCCAGGACUCGUGUCCGAAGCGGACCACCGGGAGAAUCAAUGUGCGAUGUAUCUCACAUUUCGUGCGGGCUUGAAGUCUUCUGGAUCUCAGCAGUCGGUGAAGCCCAUAGUAUGUACGAUUCCCCUGCACAACGCGUCUCCGGAUUUCGCUGCUGAUGUCGUUGUCUGAAGUAACGACCGUCCUUAGAUAGCAGAAAUCCCUUACUACCUCGAGAUUGUCGCCGUCAACUAAUACACUGCUUCCCAGAUGGUCUGAGUCUCCGGCAAACAGGUACUUUGUCUUCGUCGCAUUGAUUCUCAAUCCAAUUAUUGCUGCUUCGCGUUUGAGUCGGGUGUACACCUGGCUGUUGUCCUGCCGAUGAUGUCGAUGUCAUCCGUGAAACCUAGAUAUUUAAGAGACCGGUAGAGGAUCGUACCACGGAUGUCGUUGUCUAGCCCUGAACCUCGAAUGACUCCUUCCAGGGCGAUGUUAAAGAGCAGACAGGAGAGUCCGUCACCUUGCCUCAGACCCCUGUGAGAUUCGAAACGAUUCCGACGUCAAUGGUACAUCUAUGGUGUCGUAGGCGGUAGUGGAUUUGCCUCUGUUGUGGGCAGCCGUGAAGACCCCUGGACUUGCCGUGGUAGUUGUGCUACCACUGGUCAAUGUCCACGGGACGACAGUGUGUGUCGUGCGCUCGGACAAGCAGGUGUUGCGAGCAGCCGUUCGAGCAGGGCUCCCGGCAGGGCACGGUACGGCUGGCGCGCGGCCGAGUAUUUUAAUGUGUAUUGUGCUUGUCAGAAAUAUUUAUUAUGUGUACUGUUAUAUUAGUGUUUUUAAUAAAGUACCUGAUAAGCCAAAGACACAACAGCCUCCAACAAACCCAGCUUGGUAGCUAUCGACAAAAUUUGUAGCAAGGGUCGCAAGCCGACAGAACAGAAUCUGGGACAGGAUGUUGUAGGCGACAUUACGGACCGUGAUGACUCGAAAUUUCGAGCAAUCCAGCCUGUCGCCCUUUUUGUAUACUGGGUGAAUAACACCCAGCUUCUACUCCUCCGGUAGUUUUUCCUGUUCCCAGACUUUCACGAUCAGCUGAUGCAUUUCGACGGAAAGCCUCUCCGGCCCCAUCUUGAAGAGCUCUGCUUGUUGUGCUUAUUAUAUAUGCCCUAGUUCGCGUAUGAAUUUAGAUGUAUAAGCUUCGAUCGUUACGCGAAAUAAAACUAUAUGUAUUCAUUAUUCAGUGACGCUGUUUAUCAUUUAUCUGCGUUUUGAGCAUGCUAUUUAGUUAGCAAAGCCAACUAGCCAACCACUGGUCACCAUUCGCAAACCCAGCUUCCAUUAGCUAGUGACUGGUACACAUCAACCCAUUCACGUACGCUUCCACGGAUACCAUCUGUCAGCUUCCGUAGUAAUCCAAGGCGCUGGGUCAUCCCAUCAUCCUGAAACGCCUUUUUCACAUGUUCCCAAGCCUGAUCCGCUGUCCUUGCCGUCUGCACCAAGCUAUAAUUUAUUGGCUCAAUGCGUAGGCAAAUCGUGGCCAAUGCUCUCAGCGACUGUGAGUUUCAAGCAUCGCCAUCUGCUGGUGCACUCACUGCAUCUCAGGAUCCCAGCACGGAUCAACAGCAUUUUGGUUGCUAACGCACAUGAUGAAUAAUUUUAUCUUCCUCGCAAACGUUCCAUAGCUGGCAUUGUCAGUUCGUACAAUUCGUACAGUUCCUCUGCUUCCAGCAACCGCACCGUUGGAAUUGAUCGACAGCAUUUUCCAAAUGAAAAUAGAGUCCGGUAUACUAUAUUCUGCGAAAAAAGAUUCUCUCACUUGCACUAUGUGUACUUCGAUUACGUUCCUGGGCCCAUAACCUAAAGGAGUUGCAACUACUCUUGAUGAACGAUGUGAACGGAAUAGUGUUUUAUAGGGGAAGGUAGGUAAAGACGGACACUGCGGGUAAGACGGACACUUCUCAUAAAUGCAUGAAAAAGGUAAUUUUCGAGUAAUUCAACAAUGUAGAAUCCAAACUGAAGGUAAAACAACACAUUUGAGAACAUUUUUGGCAUAAUAUAUAUAAAAUUGGUUGAAUCCACGAACAAAACAAAUUUUCAAUCAUGUGCACCCUUGUGGAUCUAAUUUGACUACUGCCGAUCUUAAGCUCUACAACUUGUAUUGUUUAUAUUUCCGGAAGUUUUAUUUCAUGAAUGG